AUGGAGAACGAGAAGGGGAAAACCGCGCGUAAUAUAGAGAAGGAGGGAGGGAGAUACGUGAGCGCGAGAUAUGCGUGCACGAUUUCAGCGAAGCCAAGGGAGCAUGCUUUCUGCCUUGAUUGUGCCUUGAUUGUGCCAGAAGUGAUUCACUGUGCUACCUGUAAGUAUUUCUUAUCUUCUGAUCCUGAUCUUCAUAUAGUAAAACAAUGGACACUAGUGGCUUUUUACAUAAAUAUGCUAGACAUGCUUAUUGAUCAAUUUCUGCUUUUUAAUUUGAAUAGAAACAAUGGCCUUGCUACUCAUGCAGCUGUGUGCUUUUUGCUGAAUGAGAUGAAACUGUUGAAAAGAUUAGAGUUGGGAUCAAAGAACAAACAGAAAUCACUGUUCAUUUUAUCAGAGAUGGCUAAGAGGAAGAGCCAAGGGCGCAGGAAAUCACAUGUUGCUGGGAGCUCCCAUGAUGCCACGGAGGAUGUUGAGGAUCGCCACACAGCCCCGGAUGAUGUUGAGGAUCGCCACAGACGGCUGCAUGCUUCUUUUCGUAGAGUCAGAGGCAGAUUUGGUGAGGACCAGGAUGUUGGUGGGACAUCAAAUGAGGAGCGUCGAGACCCUUGUGAGAUGAUUCCUGAGCCUUCUCGUCAGACGACUCCCGAGCCUUCUCCGCCUUCUCCGCCUUCUCGUCAGACGACUCCCGAGCCUUCUCCGCCUUCUCGUCAGAUGACUCCUCAGAGUUCGGCAGAGAGUGAGCAUGAGGUUGAUGUGGAGCAUGAGGUUGAUGUGGAGCUUCAGGUUGAUGUGGAGCCUGAGGUUGGUGUGGAGCUUGAGGGUGAUGCUGGAGCACGACGGGAUGAGGUGCCAGUCCAGACAGAGGCACCGUUUCCAGGGGGGCCUGAUGAUCUGUCACUGUUGGUCCGUUACCCACAUCACGUUGCGCCGUGUCUGUGGCAUCAUAUUAUAGGCACCGACCCGCGUUACCCCGAUAGAGGUGUGUUGAAGUUUGCCAGCGCUGGGAUGAAGCUGGCAAAGCUGACAUGUGAGGGCGAGGGAGACGAUAUGAGCGCUGUUCGUCAGCGUGUGGAGGGGACCGGACUCUAUCCGCUCUUCAGUUGCACCUAUCUGGAGAUAGACACACCCCUUCUAUCUGCCCUCGUCGAGAGAUGGCAUGAGGAUACCAGCAGCUUCCACAUGCCAUUCGGGGAGAUGACCAUCACCCUGGAUGACGUGUCAUCUAUACUUCAUUUGCCGAUGGGUGAUAGGUUUUAUACUCCCGGACAGGCCAGCAGAGAACAGGCAGCGGAGACCUGUGUUCUGCUCUUAGGAGGGGUAGCCACGGACUACAUCAUGGAGUUUAAGGCGGUGAAGACCAUUAGCUUGCGAUUCGGGUUCUUGCAGACUCUUUACACUAGGGCUCUUGCUGAGCAUCGGCAUGACCAUGCAGCACGGAUGUGGCUACUUCACCUCCUCGGCUCGACCUUGUUUGCGAACAAGAGUGGAGGACACUACACUUCUGUCCAUUGGAUCGGCAUGCUGCAGCACCUUGAUCGGGUGUCAGAGUAUGCGUGGGGCGCCAUUGCACUAGCUACACUGUAUGAUGCACUUGGUCAUGCCUCACGGAGGAAGACCAAGCAGAUGAGCGGUUGUUCUUCCCUCCUGGUAGCUUGGGUGUUUGAGCACUUCCCACCCACCAUUAUUCAGCGGAUUGAGGUCCCCGAGUACACGGAGGACCAGCCCAGAGCGUGCAGGUGGAUGGAGUCCCGGGCUGGGCAUGCUGGACUGAUGGAGAGGCGAGUUCUCUUCGAUGAGAUGACGGCAGAGGACGUCAUAUGGACACCGUAUGAGGAGCACAGGAGUCACAGAGAGCUGGACGUCCGAGCUUUAUACUCAGGCUACAUCCGGACUCCCAUCCGGACGGCCGUGCGACCUCAUCUUCCUGAGCGUGUGAUGCGGCAGUUUGGGUACGUGCAGCCUAUCCCGCGACACCCAUCUGUUGUGAUGGGCAUGAGUUCUGCUGCGGAGGUCGUUGAUGCAGCAUACCAGGAUUAUGAGCCACACUUGAUUCCAGGGGGGGUCCCUAGUAUAGUGGAUGGAGCGGCAGUAGAUGAUUACCUGGACUGGUACACCGGUGUAUCUCACCGGUUCAUCAUCCCGGAUGAGAGUAGGGCCGAUCUCAGUGCUGUGGCUUCUUUGCGUCGGGCCGUUGAUUUGCUAGAGCAGGGACUUGAGGUCGACGACGGUCCCCCUAGAGAUACACGCUCCCGCACUUUAUUAGAGAAGUGCCUCACUGUCAUCAGAGACUUGAGCAGGACCCAGGGCGUCACUUUCGUUGGUGUACGAGGAGGCAGAGGUCGAGGCAGAGGAGGAGGCGGAGAUAGAGGAGGUGGCAGAGGCGGAGGCAGAGGUCGUAGGGGUAGGGUGGGUCGUAGGGGCAGGGGGCAGUGACAUUAUUAUUAUGUG